GCUGUCUGUCAGUCCCUACAGGCUGCAACAGUGUGCUGUUUCUUUAAGGCCACCUCCUAGCAUUACUAUCGGAGUCGCGCACACCGUGCCGUCACCACGCCCCUUUGCGUACGUGCGCGCCCCCGUUGGUCGCGUGGUGUUCUUCCAUAUUGCUGCUAGUAGUCGUGAGAUUACAUUAUUAGGAAUUUAAAGAGGUACUCGCAGGCUUUUAAAAAUCUAUAUUUACAGAUAUAUGUUUUAAUUGAAAGCAACCACUCUGCAGCUUAGACUGAAGGAUAUUUGGUCUAGGGGUGGAGUGGAGUAGUAAAGAAGACUGCGGUUAGACUGUAAUUUCGGAGAGAAGGACUUCGCUCCAGUUAAUACUACACAGAAGAAUUUGGGGGGUAGACAGAGAAAAGGGGAAAUGGCCACUCAGGUGGAGACUGUCCUUCCCAGCAACAACCCGCUAAUGCAACAAGAAGGACACGGGCAUGCAAGCAACGCGACACACGAGGUGGGCAAGGAGGAGAAGCAGCCGACCGGGGGCACGGGGAGCGACGCGAAGGACUACGACGAGCACGGUGGAUAUGCGAGUAAUAACGAGCAAAGCAAGGAGCAGCUGAACGAGGGGGGCGACGAUCCAGAGCAGAGAACCGCGGAGCGAGAAUCGAGCCGGCUCAAGGAGGUGGAGACCCCGGGAGGAGAGGGAGGGGAGAAGGGCAGCAAAAAGGAGUUUACCGAGGCCCCCCUUCCCAAGGUGAACCCGUGGACUAAGAAAAUGAAUUCGGUGACCGUGAUCAGUGUGAAUGGACAAGCGCAUCCUGAUCAGCCAGCUCCAGCCAAGGUGGUGAAGGCUGGUAACCCAAGACCAAGGAAAGGCAGUAAGGUCAGUGAUUUUGGUGAUGCAAUGAGCUGGCCAACCCCAGGGGAAAUGGUGAAUAAGGAAGUGCAGGCUCCUGUUGGAAAGCCGCAGCCUCCUAAGAAGACUGCGGUGAAGGAGAAGCGAGACAGCGAGGAGAGCAAGGAGAACCAGGAGAACCAGAAGACCAGGUCUGACGAUUCUGGGGAGGAGAAGAACGGGGACGAGGACUCCCAGAAAUACGGGUCCCGGAAGAAAGGUAACAAGCAUCGAUGGGUUCCUCUUCCCAUUGAAGUGAAAUCAGAAGGUCCCAAAGAGAGGUCUGCCUCCAGAAACAACACGCGCCAAAACGAACACUACAGACUUCCCCCCAACAGCAGGAACGACUUGAGGGACUGGCACAGUGCUAACAGGUACGAGCGAGACUGGCGGGAGGAUCACGACGAGGUGUCGAGUGUGAAGAGCGAGGGAGCCCCCUUCCGAGGAGGCUACAGGGGCCGGGGGCGUGGCCGAGGGAGAGGGAGGGGCCGAGGCAGGGGGGGCAGCAGAGGUCAUUUUGACUACCAGUACGGCUACAAGAACUAUGAUGGUAAAGAAGGAAGUUCUGGCCAGAAGUUCAACAGCACGGUGACCUAUUACUACGACAACACCAGCAGCUCGGAGAUGUACUCUGUGGACCAGGAGCUGCUCAAGGAUUAUAUCAAGAGACAGAUCGAAUACUACUUCAGCCUGGAUAACCUAGAGAGGGAUUUCUUUCUGCGGAGGAAGAUGGAUUCGGAAGGUUUCAUCCCAAUCCCGCUGAUCGCUGGCUUCCACAGAGUGCAGGCACUGACGACAGAUCUCAACCUCAUAGUGCUGGCCCUGAAGGACAGUAAAGAGGUGGAGAUCAUUGACCUGAAGAUCCGCAGGAGGGAGGACCCCGAGCGCUGGCCGCUGCCUGGCCUCUCCGCCCCUGACAACACCCAGACUGACUUCUCCCAGCUCAUCAACUGCCCUGAGUUUGUGCCCAGACAGGCCGACAGUCAGACAGAGUCCGCUCCAGGCUCUCCCAGAUCCUUGACUCCCAUGCAGCCCAAGCAUGAAGAUGUGAGUAACCUGAAGACCAUGCCCAAGGGGCUGUCUGCCAGCCUGCCCGACCUCGACUCUGACACCUGGAUUGAAGUGAAGAAGAGGCCCAGGCCUUCACCCUCCAGACCCAAGAUGCCAGGAAUGAUGUUAUGUUUGUUUAAACAGAAGCCGGAGGAGAGUGGCUCUCUGGUUCCGGUGCAGCAGCUGGCGGGUCCGGACGAGCCCGAGGAGCUGGACUUCAUGUUCGACGAGGAGAUGCAGCAGAUGGACGGCCGCAGGAACAACUUCACGGACUGGUCCGACGAGGACUCGGACUGCGAGAUCGACGACCACGAUGUCAACAAGAUCCUGAUCGUCACGCAGACCCCCCCCGCCCUGCGCAAGCACCCCGGGGGAGACCGCACCGGCAACCACACCUCCCGCUCCAAGCUCUCCACCGAGCUGGUGAAGGUCAUCAACGACGGGCUCUACUACUACGAGCAGGACCUCUGGGACGAGUCUUACGAGCCGGAGUACGCAACCAUCAAGCAAGAAGUGGAGAACUUCAAGAAGGUGCAUCUGAUCAGCAGGGAGCAGUUUGACUGUCUGACCCCCGAUCCCCCCGUGGAUCUGAACCAAGAAGUGCCGCCCGGACCCCCCCCUCCUCAGCAGAUCCCUACAGACGCUUUAGCCAAUAAACUGUUUGGUGCCCCCGAACCCUCUACAAUCGCCCGAUCGUUACCGACAACCGUGCCCGAGUCUCCGAACUACCGCAACGCCAGGACGCCGCGCACCCCCCACACCCCCCGGUUAAAGGACCCCACACAGACACCCCGCUUCUACCCCGUGGUGAAGGAAGGCCGGCCUGUCGAUGCCAAGACCCCACGCAAGAGGAAGACUCGGCACAGCUCCAACCCCCCUAUGGAGUGCCAUGUGGGCUGGGUGAUGGACUCCAGAGAGCACAGGGCAAGGUCCAGGACGGCCUCUGUCAGCUCGAACGCUAGUCCUUCUGAAGGCACGCCUGCAAACCUAGGCUGCACCCCCCAGUCUCUUCCCAAGUUCCAGCAUCCCUCUCACGAGCUGCUCAAGGACAACGGCUUCACACAACACGUGUACCACAAGUACCGCCGGCGCUGUGUCAACGAACGAAAGCGGCUGGGGAUCGGCCAGUCCCAGGAGAUGAACACGCUCUUCCGUUUCUGGUCCUUCUUCCUGCGGGAUCACUUCAACAGGAAGAUGUACGAGGAGUUCAGACAGCUAGUGGUGGAGGAUGGGAAAGAGGGAUACAGGUAUGGCUUGGAGUGUCUCUUCAGGUAUUACAGCUACGGACUGGAAAGGAAAUUCAGGCCUGACAUAUUUAAAGAUUUUCAGGAGGAAACCGUCAAGGAUUAUGAAUCUGGACAACUGUAUGGACUUGAAAAGUUUUGGGCAUUCCUGAAAUACUCGAAAACCAAGACCCUGGAAAUCGACCCCAAGCUGCAGGAAUACUUGAGCAAAUUCAAGCGCCUCGAGGAUUUCCGGGUGGAUCCUCCGAUGAACGAGGAUGGAGGUCGUAGGAGACACUCGUCCAGCGGAGAGGGAAGGAGACGCUUCCCAUCGGGCCAGCUGGGGUACAGCCAGGCCCAGGUUUCGCAAGGCUCCUCCAGAGAUGAUGCCAAAAACCUGAACCAGAAACCUGCUGCUGCUGCUGCUUCCCUCGCACCCGCCUCGGAGCCUCAAUCCCAGGAGAAGUGACCCGCCAGGGAGGGGGGGGGGUGUGGGAGGGGGCUGGCCUUCAAUCUCAUUUCUUUAUAACCCGGGGGGGGGUGAUCCAGGAUUUCACGCAAGCAUGAAAAAGAUGUUUCCCGUUCUCGAUCAGGCGACUCUAUUGCUCUUCCGAAUGUUCUUUUACAUUCACCAACGUUUCGUCUCUGAGAGAUUGAAAAGACUUGAAGUGGAGCACUGGAAGAGAAAGUGCUGCUUGCUUGCGUUUCGAUUGCCUUCUUGCUUGCAAACCCAGCCGGGUCCUCCUCAGCCAGGACAGUCCGUAUGUAGAGGUUUCAUUUUGGAGCCUGUUGCAGAUUAGCUGACGUGGGCAUUCCUUCCUUCCGGACCCUCUUUCCCCACUUCUUUGACUUCCUUUAUUACCUGGACCGUCAGCAUUUUGGUUUAUGAUGAGCCUGGUUUAGGAGAUGGCUGUUUGAAAAGGAAAGCUUUGUUUUGAUUUGGUUUUGGGGCUGGCAAAGACUUUAUUAAUGACAUUGAAAUCCCUCCCGAUCAGCAGGAUCUUUUGAAAGUUGCCUUAUUUGAACUUUUUUUUUUUUUUUUUUUUUUUUUUUUGGUGUGCUUCAUGUUUCCCCUGCAGCCCGUAGUGUUGAUUUUGAUGUGUGUAACAUUUCAUUGCAGUUUUCAGUCACGAUUCAGUGAGACGAGUGAAACCGGCACCGGACUGCACCUUCCUGUGCUGGCUCUCGUCCUCCAGGUUUCACCCGCUCUGUUCCACAACGAUGAGCUCUUGAGCCGAGUGUUGCAGGGAGCAGGGAGGACUCUGACGAGACUGCAAUCACACUCUGAAUACUUGAAGAGCGCCUCGCAGGACACCUGCAAAGCUGGUGGUGCUUUUGAAUUGUAUAUUUAUCUAACGUGCUUCAAACAAUAUCAUGAGAAAAACAAAAGGCAUGAAAAGAAAUGCUGCUGCUUCUGCAAUGGAAGUGUAGGGUUACCAGGACCUGAGUGCGCAAUGCGUCUUCAUCAGACAGGCACAUCUUUUGAAAUCCAUGUCAUCACAAUUGUCAUUCUCUUGGUAUUGGCUAUCUGACAAUGCUGCCAGUAGACAGUCAUGCUGCCCUUGGUCUGAACCCUUUUCCUAUUGUGAUCAGUGCAUGACACCCAUGGCCCUGGGAAGCUGCAGUUUAUUCUUUGUGUUCCUGGUACAACACAACCCUGAGGUUUGACAUCACUUUAUCUCAUUGUAAUUCCAGUUUAUGGACAACUUGAGUCAAGUGCCGUUUGGAUUUGUGACGAUUUGGUUUUUUCUUUUAAACAAAGUAACUAUUGGACAAUCCACUCAUCAUAAUCAACAGCUGAACAAAAAUGUUAUUGGUAUCGAAGAUCUGCUUUUAAAAUGGGUUCGCUA